AUGGCUAAUUCCAAAGUUGCUCUUGUCACAGCUUCUUCCGCCGGUCUGGGCGCCGCCAUUGCCACAAGUCUUGCAAUCGCAAACUAUAGAGUGGCAAUCAACUACUUUGCCUCUCCUCAUCGAGCUGAGACAGUCAUUGAGGAUAUGGAAAGGGUGGUUGGCCACAGUUCCUCAGAGCCAUCCGAAAAAUUCAUCGCCAUAAAAGCAGACAUUGGCCAGCCAUCAGAGAUUCGUACACUUAUAGCAGACGUGAUCUUAAAAUUUGGUCGACUCGAUCUGGUUGUUUCGAACGGUGGAUGGACACGUAUUACCGAUUUCGCAAACCUGGAGGGAAAUGUUGACGAGACAGACUGGGAUCAUUGUUGGAAUUUGAACGUCAAAAGCCAUCUCUUUCUCCUGCACGCAAGCAAAAAGUAUCUCGAGGACCGGGAGGGGUGCUUUAUCACGAUCGCAAGCGUCGCAGGUGUUAAGCCUAGCGGGAGCUCUGUGGUACACUACCAUUUCCCCCUUGCCACCUCCUAA